CGUUUCUCCUGGAUUCGGAAAGCGUGCAACGAGUGUUCCCCCCUGAUCUGAGCUCUUGCCGAUUAUUGCACCUUCCGGUCUGUUCACAACAACUCAAACUUUGGGUCAAUCCAUCGAGCGUCGAGUACCCACGAUCCUUGCCCCUUCAAAAGCGUCGUCCUUCCCUCCGGGGCGCUGCUACAUCACUAGUUAUCUACUUGAGGAGGGGGAUGUGAGAGCAGUGCAUCCGGACUCGCCACGUUCAGAGACGUUGCAAUAAUGAGCCUUGUUCAAGUACUGAAUGCUCUGGGAGCAUUCGAGGAUGAUAGCCACGGUCUCUCUCCUCGUACAUACUUGAGGGAUGGGGUAACGAUGGACAUCGAUCCGCUUCCGAGCACUCAGCGCAAGGGUCUCAUUGCCGUCUCGGUCAUGGCCAUUCUCUCAUUUUUAGCGACACUCGCUCUGAUCUCUUUCAUCACCUAUCGACUCGUUUUCUGGCGGGGAUCUUAUGCACGGUAUAUCGGUUACAAUCAAUACAUCAUUCUGAUCUAUAACCUUGUGUUGGCCGAUCUGCAACAGUCACUCGCUUUCUUGAUUUGCCUCAAGUGGAUAUCGGAGAACAAGAUAUCGGCCGAUACUGCUGGAUGUUUUCUCCAGGGUCUCUGGCUACAGAUUGGCGACCCGUCUAGUGGUCUCUUUGUGCUCGCGAUUGCUAUUCAUACAUUCCUUUUGGUGGCCCUAGGUUAUAAACUGAGCCAUCGGGUCUUUGUGGCAUCCGUGGUGGGAAUCUGGGUCUUUGUCGCCAUUCUGGUUAUUAUUCCACUCGCCUCACAUGGGCGUUAUGUGUUUAUUCCCUCGGGGGCCUGGUGCUGGAUUAGCGAAGACUACGAAGCGAUGCGAUUAUGGACACAUUACAUCUGGAUCUUCCUGGCGGAGUUCGGCACCGUAUGUCUUUACGCAAUCAUGUGGUUCCAACUCCGCCGCCGCAUCAAGCAGUCCGCGAUUCUGGGCAAUAGCCACAUCGAGAGUCUCAAGCGCCUCCGUCGUGUUAUCGGAUACAUGGUCAUCUAUCCGAUCGCCUAUAUUGUGCUCUCCCUUCCUCUUGCCGCCGGACGCAUGGCCACCGCACAGGGAGAUGCUCCGAACGUCGCUUACUUUUGUGUCGCCGGUGCUAUGAUCACCAGUUCCGGCUUGGUCGACGCUUUACUGUACACCCUGACUCGCAAAAAUCUCAUCCUGGAGUCGGAACCCAGUCACGAUAACAGCUACAAAUUCGCCAGCAGCAAGAACCGCAAGACGGACAACAAUCAUCUGACAACCAUCACCGCUGACCCCAAAUACAACCGUACCGACAUCAGUGCCCUUCGCAUGGCGCGCCACGAGGAAGAGGAUAUGGAACGCACCGUACGCGACGGCUCUACCGACAACAUCGUUCAGCCCAGCGGAGUCGAGCUGUCGACCCUGGGCAAGGUGUAUCAGCACACGACGAUCGAGAUCACCAGCGAACCGGCCUUCCCAGUAGAGGGCGAGGCGAGCGAUCACUCAAGCAAGGGGUCAUUCGAUGGCUCUCCCGACAGAGGCAAUGGGCAAGCAGCCCGCAUGUGGGGAAGAUAGAGACCGCAGUGGCCGGCCGCCCCAACAUGAUGCCCGUCCGAUUGCCCGGACUCCUUGACGCUUUGUAUACUCACAUUUCCUUUUUCAUACCAUACAUUUAAUUUCACGUCCCUCUUUCAUUCUUCACCCUGACCUAUUGGGGCUUGAGACAUUCAUCCCCUGGCUAUUUCUUUUUCUUCCAUUGCCGGGUCGAUUGUCAGCGCCCCGACCGAUACACAAUAC